CUAGUUAGCUUAGAAUCUAUAUUCCUGGGAAUAUGAACGUUUAGUCUUAUUUCGAUUUUUGCUUUCGCCUCAAAAAGAACACAAAACUUCGACUCGUUUCGAGAAAUUAUCACGGCUAUACCAGUUUUUAGAUUUUAGUGUAAAAGUUUUCCAGGAAUUGAGCAGUCGCAAUGUUUCCAAACAAUUUUUACAAAAUGAAGAACUUUGCCAACCCAAAGACAAUGUUCCGAAGCUGUUCAUCCGCUAACAAUGACAACGAUGAUAAGGAUGAGGUGGCCACCGAAUCCAUGAAUGGUCUGGCUGUUCAAGAUGGUACUGGUGUGGCAGGAAGUGAUAUUGACGCCGCCGCUGCAGCCGCUGCUGCUGGUGGCGCUACUGCUGUUGCCCCAAAAGAAAAGAAUGUGAAUGCCAAGAAUGGAAAGAACGCAGCCAAGGUGGUGGGAUCACCAUCGGCUUCAGCUCCAGCCACGCCAGAGAAAUCGACCAACACCAAGCAGCAGGGUAAGAAUAAGAAGAACAAGCUCACCAAGAAGCUAUUCAAGAAUCAAUCGGCUCCAUCGCCGCCACCACCGCCACGCACACCCAGUGUUUCGAGUGAUGCCAGUGUUGACUCAAAGGAUAACAGCAAACUAAAUAGUAAGAAGACUGCCGCCAAACCAAAGGAUAACAACAAAAUUGUUCCCGAGAAGAAAGUGAUGAUGCCAGAGAUGAUGGCAGCCCAGAAGAAGGCGACAUCGCCAGUGCCGCCAAACACAAAGAUGAUGCCAUCACCGACCAAGAAGACCAUUAUUAUGACUAGUCAGGAUAUUUCCCAGGAAGUGGCCCAGGCGAUCGACAAGGAUAUCAUUAUACCCAAGGUGAACACCAGAGAUGUGGCCGUGCAGGACGACGAUAUGAUGCCCUUUGAGAUGACCGAAAUGGUGCCACCAAGCGACGCUGUCGGCGAUCUGGGUGAUAUGGUUCCAAUGCCGGAAUCAUGUCUGAUGCCAAUCAAUGAGCAGCGUGAACCGCAUCAUCCACUCAAUAGCCGUUGGACGCUGUGGUAUUUGGAGAACGAUCGCACUAAAACCUGGGAGGAUAUGCUACACGAGGUCACCAGCUUUGACACCGUGGAGAACUUCUGGAGCCUGGUGAAUCAUAUUAAGCCACCGUCGGAGAUUAAGAUGGGCAGCGACUACUGUCUAUUCAAGAAGGGCAUCCGUCCGAUGUGGGAGGACGAGGCGAACGUUCAUGGCGGUCGCUGGGUAAUCACUCUGAACAAAAAUACCAAAUCUGAUCUGGAUAACUUUUGGUUGGACACUAUGCUCUGUUUGAUCGGCGAGUCCUGUGAAUAUUCCCACGAAUUGUGCGGCGCCGUUGUCAAUAUUCGUGCCAAGUCCAACAAGAUAUCCAUUUGGACAGCUGAUGGUAACAAUGAGGCAGCCGCUUUGGAGAUUGGAAGGAAACUACGCGAAGGAUUGCGCAUGGAAAGUGCCUAUGUGUUGCAGUAUCAACUCCACAAGGACACCAUGGUCAAGCAAGGAUCCACGGUCAAGUCGAUCUAUACCAUGUAAUCGAUACGAUUUCAAUAAGGCAGCAUAUAAGGACUCAUCAAUCAGUACAGGACACUCAAAGCCAUAGCAUAGUCACAUUAGCAAUGAAUUACAUAAAGUUUACAAUGAUUUAUCAAGCCCCCCCUUCCCCUUUAAUCAACGCCCCCCCUCACACACAAUUAAUGUCAAGCUAUGCCUUGUGCAAGGUCAAACCAUAUCCAUCGCCAGAUUAGAUAUUUUCGGUAUUUUUUACACCAGAACUUAUUUUAAUCACUAUUCCAUUUUCGGCCACGUUAACACCACAUCCCCGUUUUACUCGUUUGGAUGUCCAAAUUCGAAGUUCGUCUACCACUAUCCUGUCAUACACAUAAUCACAAUAUAAAUUUUAAAGUUGUUACUAUCGCGAUGAGAAUAAUAUAUAUCAGAUGAAUGUGUAAAGUGUUUAACCUUAA